AUGGCUACAUUCCAGAGAUUUCGUCUAGUGCCUCUGCGGGACGAGAAGAUUGAUGAAAACGACGAAUGGUCGGGGCUGAAAGAUGCUAAGGAAAGAAGGAAAAGGCAAAACAGGCUCAACCAAAGGGCAGCUCGCCGGCGGCAGAGGUUGAUUCUUGCCCAAGAGCACGAAUCAGAGACGACUACGGCGGUGCUCCCAUCACCUUCCGCAUGCCAGCGUCGGAAGCGCGGUCCUCGUUCUCAUCAAUUUUAUUUCCCGCUCACUCCCGACCACAAACUACUCUACGUCAUCGUCCUCAAUGUCUCCCGGGCAGUCAUCACAAACUUCUUCAUCCUAAGUAGCAUCUCGACACUAGCCUAUACUAUGUGCGACAGCCGCCGAGUCUUUGCACUGAGCGAUCUCAAGCUAGCCCCUCGCAAUCUCGAUGGUACUCCUGCAAUCCCCCCGUCGUUUACCCCCACAAGACUCCAGCAAGAGGUGCCUCACCCUGGCUGGAUUGAUCUUUUCCCAUCGCCUCAGCUGCGUGACAAUCUCAUCUUUGCAGUAGAGGAGUUCAAUAUUAAUGAAGAUGAAAUCUUGAACGACUUGGUUGGAGAUAUAUUCGCAAGCCUUGGUUGUUCAAUGGAUGACGAUGAAUCGGAGGCAAGCGGCGGAUCAGAGCCAAGCGGCGGACCAGAGCCAAGCGGCACAUCGGAUGAUUACAAGGACGCCCCUACACCAUCACCUCCUCCACCAAACGGGAUGACCCCAUUACAAGAAUACAGAUUAAGAACCUACACUCCAUCGAGUUCCGCAGAGCUCGGCAUUCUCUCAUGGUCAAACCCAUGGGACAUAACAGGCUGGGAAUUCACGGAGAAAUUCGUUACUAAGUGGGGAUUCUUGCUUCAAGGAUGCCCGGAUGUGGUCAAUGCCGCCAAUAACUGGAGGACUUUGCGAGGAGAAGAACCUCUGAUUGUGGAGAUUUAG